GUGAGUAAGAGCAGCAGUAUAAGGGCAGAAUAACAAGAGCAGAAGGAAGUGUAGAAGAAGGUGAAGAAGAACAAGAGCAGGAGAAAAAGAGCAGACGGAGGUGUAGAAGAACAAAAGCAGAAAAAGGUGAAGAAGGAGGUGUAAGGAAGUGUAGAAGAAGGAGGUGAAGAAAAACAAGAGAAGAAGGAAGUGUAGAAGAAGGUGAAGAAGGAGAGAUCAGAUCUGUCACGACAGCGCCCCAUAGAGGAAGCACAGCAGAUACACACUUUGAUGGAGCGAUCUGAAGAACUCCCAAUGGAUUCUUCCCAACCAGUGGACGAUGUCCUGCAGAGAUUAUUAGAGAGACACAAAACCAACAUGAAAGAGAAAUAUGAGCAUUUAUUCGAGAGCAUUAAAACAGAAGGUGAAAAAACCCUCCUGGAAAAGAUUCAUAAUCAGUUCUACCUCAUAGAGGGAAAGAUGAAAUGGGUAAAAAAUAUUCAUGAGGUUUUACAGCUGGAGACAUCACAGUGGAAAUUUGUAAGGAAGACACCAAUCGACUGUGUUGAAAUCUUUAAAGAUCUUCAAGGUCUUAAAGAAGAAGUAGAAGAGAAUGUUGCAGCUGAGACAGAUAAAAGCAUUGGAGAAGCAGAAGAAUCAAAAACAGAAAAAGAAGACGACAAGGGACCAAACGAAGAAAAAGAUAAAGAACCAAAAGUUCAGAGACUCAGAAUAGUGCUGACUAAAGGAAUCGCUGGAAUUGGAAAAACUGUCUCUGUUCAGAAGUUCAUUCUGGACUGGGCUGAAGGAAAAGCCAAUCAGGAUGUAGAUUUCAUGUUUGUUCUUCCGUUCCGGGAGCUGAACUUGAUUAAAGAUGAUCAGUACAGUCUUCAUGAACUUCUGUGUGUCUUUCAUCCUGAGCUCAAAGAUCUGGAUCCAAAGAUCUAUGAUGUGUGUAAAGCUGUGUUUAUAUUUGAUGGUCUGGAUGAAAGCAGAAUUCCACUGAAGUUUCGAGAGUGUGAGGGAAUAUCUGACUUCACUGUGACAUCAUCAGUGAGUGUUUUGAUGACAAACCUAAUUGAAGGUAAAUUGUUUCCCUCCGCCCACAUCUGGAUCACCUCCCGACCAGCAGCAGCCAAUCAGAUCCCUGCUGAGUUCAUUAACCGUGUGACAGAAAUUCAGGGGUUUACUGACCCACAGAAGGAGGAGUACUUCAGGAAGAGAAUCAGUGACCAAGACCAGGCCCAGAAAAUCAUCUCCCACAUUAAAACAGCGAGGAGCCUCCACAUCAUGUGCCACAUUCCCGUCUUCUGCUGGAUCUCAUCCACUGUGCUACAGAGAAUCAUGGAUCAAGACAGUGAUACAGAAAUCCCUAAAACUCUGACUGAAAUGUACUCCCAUUUCCUGCUCACUCAGAUCAACAUGAAGAAGGAGAAGUAUGAGGAGAAAGAUGAGAGAGAUCCACAGAAACUGCUGGAAUCCCACAGAACCAUGCUUCUGAAACUGGCUGAACUGGCUUUCAAUCAGCUGAUGAAGGGCAAUGUGAUGUUCUAUGAAGAGGACCUGAAAGAGAGCGGCAUUGACAUCACUGAGGCCUCAGUGUAUUCUGGGAUCUUCACUGGGAUCUUCUGGGAGGAAUGUGUGAUUUACCAGAGGAAGGUCUACAGCUUUGUUCAUCUGAGCUUUCAGGAGUUCCUGGCUGCUCUCUAUGUGCUUUAUUGCUACCAGAACCUGAACAUGGAGGUUCUGCAGAUGUUUAAAUCAUGGCGCGUGGAAUGGUCUGAGAACGUUAAACUGGAGGAGGUUCUGUGUGGGGCUGUGUAUAAAGCACAAUUCGAAGAAAGCAGACAUCUCGAUCUUUUCCUUCGUUUCCUGCUAGGCGUCUCAAUGGAGGCCAACCAGAGAAUCCUACAGGGUCUUCUUCCACACAUAAAGAACGGCCCAGAGAUAACCACAGAGUUCCUCAAGAAAAUGAUAAAAGAAGAACACGUCCCAGUAGAAAGCGGCCUCAAUUUCUUCCUCUGCUUGAAUGAAAUGAAUGACCGUUCUCUUACCCGAGAGGUUCAGGAGUAUCUGAAACCAGACAGAAGUUUACCAGUAGGUCUCUUAACUGCACAGUGCGCAGCACUAGUCUAUGUACUUGUGAACUCGGGUGAGGUGCUGGAUGAGCUGGAUCUGAGGAAAAUUGAUACAGAACAUGAAGGCUAUUGGACAAUGAUCCCUGCUGUCAGAGUCUGCAGAAGAGCUUUACUACUUGACCGUUUUCUCAUAAAAGACUCCUGUAAAAUCAUCUGUGCUGCUCUUCAAUCACCGAACUGCCCACUGAAAGAACUGGACCUACGCUACAGUACCCUGCAGGAUUCAUAUGUGGCACCAAUAUGUACUGGGAUGAAGAGUUCCAACUGUAAACUAGAGACACUGAGACUAGCUGCAUGUCGUCUCACUGCAAGUUCCUGUGGAACUCUGGCAUCAGCUCUACAAUCUCCAAACACCACCUUGAUAGAGCUGGACCUCACUAACAAUGACCUGCAGGAUUCAGGAGUGGAGCUGCUCUCUGCUGGACUGAAAAGUUCACAUUGUAAGAUGGAGACACUCAGACUGUCAAAGGCUAAUCUCACUACAAGCUCCUGUGAACAUCUAAUGUCAGUUCUACAAUCAGUAAACUCCUCCCUGAAAUAUCUGGAUCUCUGUACCAAUGAACUGCAGGAUUCAGGAGUAGAGCUGCUCUCUGCUGGACUGAAGAGUUCACACUGUAAACUGCAGACACUCAGGCUGGGUGACUGUAAGCUUGGAGAAAAAGCUUGUGAAAGUCUAGGAUCAGCACUACAAUCAGUAAACUCCCCACUAAAAGAUCUGGAUCUCAGUAAUAAUGACCUGCAGGAUUCAGGAAUGGAGCUGCUCUCUGCUGGACUGAAGAGUUCACACUGUAAACUGGAGACACUUGGAUUGUCUGGUUGUAUGGUCACAGAAAAAGGCUGUUCUUCUCUGGCUUCAGCUCUGAAACCGAACCCCUCCAAAUUGAAGGAACUAGAUCUGACAUAUAAUAACCCAGGAGAGUCUGGAAUGAAGCUGCUCUCUGAUCUACUGGAGGAUCCAAACUGUCCACUGGAAAAACUACAAAUGGAACAUGGGGGCAAGUGCAGGAUGGAACAAGGAGUGAAGAAAUGUGCCAUUGAGCUCACUCUGGACCUAAACACAGCACACAACCAUCUCUGUUUGUCUGAGGGAAACAAAAAGGUGACGCAUAUGGGGACUCCACAGCCGUAUCCAGACCAUCCAGAGAGAUGUAAAAGCAAUCCACAGGUUCUGUGCAGCGAGAGUCUGACUGGACGCUGUUACUGGGAGGUGGAGUGGACUGGGAGGGUUGGGAUUGCAGUGACCUAUGGCAGGAAAGGACGUGGUGAGCACUGGUUUGGAUGGUUUGGGAAGUUUUAUUCUCUGACCUGCCAUGACGAUGGGUACGGUAAUCAAUGCCACGAUCAGCUCAGUUUGUGUACUGGAUGUAUUUUUGACACCCACCCGUCUGAAUCUCGCAGAGUAGGGGUGUAUCUGGAUUGGCCAGCUGGUGUUCUGUCCUUCUACAGAGUCUCACCUGAGGACCAAUCACUGACCCACUUACACACCUUCAGAUCGGCCUUCAGCGAGCCGCUCUACGCCGGGUUUACAGUCAACGAUAACUCUUCAGUGUUACUGUGUCAGGUAGAAUAACCACCUGGAUCCUGAGAGAUAAGCUGGAGAUUGGUAGUACCAACUCUUCUGCACAGGAUGGAUGUUCAUAUGUGAGCUAAGGACCAUCCAAUCAAAGUCCACAUUUUAAAGAGCUCAAGUAUAUCAACUAAGUGAGUGAGUCUCAACAAAAGUCACAAAUUCUGUAAUAACGGAUUUCGUUUUUUGUGUACUUUUUAUAUAAUGAGGCUUUAAAUGUUUUUUUUUUCUGAUGUCGAUAUUUUGUCCCACCCCUAGUCCAGAUUAUCAGAAAGCAAUCUGACUACAAUCUAGAUAUGUCCCGAACCAGAUUUGGGUUGGCAAUUGGAACAUCUGCAGCCUACCAUCUGAAUGUGUAUAUGGAAGGCAAGACAAUAAGAAUUAAACACAAUGAAAAGAAAGCUGUAAGACUCAUCCUGUGUCUUGGAAAAUAUGUUAAUCUGUUUCAUCUGAACUCUUUAUGAAAAAAGCUCUUUAUGAAUAUGAACUUGUUUUCUUUGCAUUAUUUGAGGUCUGAAAGCUCUGCAUCUUUUUUGUUAUUUCAGUCAUUUCUCAUUUUCUGUAAAUAAAUGCUCUAAAUGAGAAUAUUUUUAUUUGUAAUUUGGGAGAAAUGUUGUCUGUAGUUUAUAGAAUAAAACAACAAUGUUCAUUUUACUCAAACAUAAACCUAUAAAUAGCAAAAUCAGAGAAACUGAUUAAGUGCUCUCAGUUUUUUACAGAGCUGUAUGUACUGUAAUUUAUACUUUUACUUAAACAUGAUAUUUUCUUAAUUGCAGUACAUAAAAAGGUGUAUGUGUGAUACAAACUGAAUAAUCAAAUAAUCAAAAUUUACUGAUUAUUUCCUCAUUUCCUGUUUGAGAUGAGUGUAAAGGCUUAGGCAUGCAGUUAGCACCAUGAGGAAUGUUAAGUAAAAAGUGACGAAAGACUAAAACACAGAAAGACACCAGCGUAGUCAUCUCAUCAUUGCUCUUAUUCUCACUUCUUUACUUGUUUUAUCCAAGUUUGAAUUUGUGAGUUUCAGAAUACAGACAGUUUUUCUUCAUUUUUAUGAUAUUUUUUUACAAUGACAUUUCAAAGACAAGCUUGAUAGAGGCUACUUUGCUCUGCUGAUUCACAAUACUACAUAUAAUUAAGCACAAUAAGUAUUCCUUUUGAAUUAUUACAAAAUAUACAGUAUUGUACCAGGGUUUGUAGUAAGUGAAAUGUUUUAUAUUUAAGGGUUUCAAGCAUUCAGCUGUAAAAGAUCAGUCCGGUUGGGAGACUGUAUUAAAUGUUUGGAGGAUG